CUGGGGCUGGCCGAGCGGGGUCAGCCGCCGAGGGCGCUGGACAUUUCGUGGCCCGGAGCCCUCCGGCUCUGGCGCCUAGGCUGCCGGCCUUAGGGUGGGGCGUUCUCGCCGGUGAAUUCCGCUUCAGCCCGCCCGGUGUGGCCGCGAGUCGGGUUGCUCUGCCGUGCUCCAUCAUCUUCUAAAGAUGCAUCCUGACUUAUCUCCACACUUGCACACUGAAGAAUGCAACGUCUUGAUUAACUUGCUUAAGGAAUGUCACAAAAAUCACAGCAUUCUGAAAUUUUUUGGUCAUUGCAAUGAUCUUGAUCGGGAGAUGAGAAAAUGCUUGAAGAAUGAGUACAUGGAGAAGAGGUCCAAGAGCAGGGAGCACGGCAAUGUGAUGCGAAAGAGACUUUUUAAUCCUCCAGAGGAAUCUGAAAAAUAAAUUAUAUUUUUACUGGAUGGCUUGGUUGAGAGAAGACCUAAAGACUUGGUUGAUAACCAAAAGAAUCCUGUCUCGUUUGGUCUCCAGAAUCCUUUGAAUGGAAAAUGACUCGUGAGAAAUGGAGCCAUGGAGAAAUAUGGAAACCCUGGCUUCUGACUGUCUGUUGGGCAGGGCCUUUAGUACUCUCUCUCCUCUCCCAGCACACCUGACUUCUCACACGUUUCUUCCCUGGCUUAAGCCAGUUAACAUUUGAGUAACUUAUCUCCUUCAAUAAAAUAAUUGACUUUA